UGCGUGUGGCCGGGUUCCGGGAGCCUUCCGCAUGCCGGCGCAGGCCUCUGGCAGAUGGACGGAAUGGUAUACCAGACCGCAGUGUUGCUCCUUGAUAACUCAGCUGCUAAAUAUAGUCCAAGCAGUGACCUGGUUUCUUCAGCCUAGUGCCGGCCUCUCGCAUGUGCCAGGCCCUGAGUUUGUCACUGUGCUGUCUUCUGAAGAUCUACAGUAGCAUGGAUCUGCCUGUGGAUGAGUGGAAAUACUACCUUCUUCAGAAGUGGUCUUUACUCCCGAAAUCCAUUCAGCUCACAAUUUCUACAGCAGAGACUUUGAGUGAUAUCUUUCUUCACUCCUCUUCCCUUCUUCAACCUGAAGAUGAGGUGUUUUUAAAAAGACUUUCUAGAGGUUACUUGGUGGAAAAGGACCCCAACGCCCCCCUUUUCUACAGAAAAGAAGGAAACAAAAAAUUCCAGAAGAAGGAUUACACAGGAGCGGCAGUGCUGUACUCUAAGGGAGUUUCUCAUUCAAGGCCUAACACUGAGGACAUUUCACUGUGCUAUGCCAAUCGCUCUGCAGCCCUCUUCCACCUGGGUCAGUAUGAAACAUGUCUUGAAGACAUUGAAAGAGCACAGAUGCAUGGGUAUCCAGAAAGACUGAAACCCAAAAUGAUGUUGCGAAAGGCAGAAUGCCUGGUGACCCUGGGGAGACUACAGGAGGCGAAGCAGACCAUCAGUGAUCUUGAGAGGAACUUCACUGCCAAACCAACCCUGGAAGCUCCCUCCUGUCAAAUUCUGCAGAGAAACCUCCAUCAUCUGAAGAUGAAGGUACAAGAAAAGAAGACUGUCCCAGAAACAUUCCCAGGAGCUGUCACUAAAGCCUUUGAGGAUAUAGACAUAAGGGAAGAGAACAAACGCAUUUCCAGUGCAUCAUCAUCUGUUGGCUUGUGCACAGACCCUGUAAAAGGCCGCUAUCUGGUUGCCACAAAAGACAUCCUCCCAGGAGAGCUCCUGGUAAAGGAGGACGCUUUUGUGAUUGUCCUUAACCCAGGAGAAAUGCCACCUCUGCAUCAUGGCUUAGAAAGCAAGUGGGAUACUAGAGUUACCAAUGGGGACCUCAACUGUCAUCGAUGUUUGAAGCACACUUUGGCCACAGUGCCCUGCAAUGGAUGCAGCUAUGCCAAGUAUUGCAGUAAAGAGUGUUUGCAGCAAGCCUGGGAGCUCUACCAUAGCUCAGAGUGUGCUGUAGGGGGCCUGCUUCUCACACUGGGUGUCUUUUGCCAUGUUGCCCUGAGGUUGACUCUGUUGGCUAGGUUUGAGAACAUUGGUAAAGUUAUAAAGAAGCUUUGUGAUGAGAUUAGUAACAAGGACAUCUCUUUACCUGAAAGCAAGAAUCUGGUCAAGACACUCGGUGACAGCCACGGGGAGAGUGAGGAAACUGGCAAAAUAGUUGAGAUCCCAAUUCCUGGAUGCAAUAUUAAUGGAAAAUAUGAAAAUAAUUACAAUGCUGUCUUCAACCUCUUGCCCCAUACUGAAAACCAUAGCCCAGAGCACAAAUUCCUCUGUGCCAUCAGUGUCUCUGCACUGUGCAGGCAGCUCGAAGCAGCCAGCUUGCUGGCCUUCACCCCAGGCCUGAAGUCCUCUAAGCUAAAAGCAGCAGUGGCUACUGAAUUGUGUGCAGAUUUGAAUAUUUGGGGAGUGGCCAUGCUGCGACACAUGUUACAGCUACAGUGCAAUGCUCAGGCAAUAACUACCAUACAACAGACAG